UUCAAGCACCCAGCAGUGCAGAGCGCCUUCAUGUUUCUCGGAGAAUUCUUGUGCCUCAUCCCAUUCCUUCUCCAUACCUGGCACAAGAAGAGCGUGCAGAAGGGGGAUGUGCCGGCGAGAGGCUUCCAUACAGAAAGCGCUGCCCACAAAUUCAAGACGCUGCUGACCUUCGGUCUCCCUACUCUGUGUGACGCUGCAGCCACUACUAUGCUCAAUAUAGGGCUGUUCUACACGUAUGCAUCGACAUUCCAGAUGCUGCGUGGGACUAUGGUUGUCUUUGCGGGCUUCCUGACCAUUGUGCUGCUGAGAAGGAGGCUGCAUCUGCACCAUUGGAUGGGCAUUAUCCUGAUCACGGCUGGUGCGGCUAUGGUGGGGGCAUCAAGUAUCAUAUAUGACAACGGAGCGCUCUCAGGCCGGCGAUUACUUAAUCCUUUGCUUGGCGACAUCAUGAUCGUGGCCGCUCAAGUGUUGGCUGCAACGCAGUUCAUUGUUGAGGAGAAGUACCUUGCCAGGUACCGGGUGCCUGCAUUGUUGGCGGUUGGGCUGGAGGGGUUUUGGGGGCUGGUGCUGUCAGCCAUAGCCCUGCCAAUCUUAGGCGUGGUCAGAGGAACUGAUGGCCUACCACUGGACAGCGCCACUCAGGCCUUCCAGGAGAUUGCGGCUUCUCGGCAGCUGCAGAUCACCACGGCAGGCUGCAUCAUAUCCAUCGCGUUCUUCAACUUCUUUGGGAUCAGCGUGACCAAGAAGCUGAGCGGCGCAUCACGGUGCACGAUAGACGCGUGCCGGACGCUGUUUGUGUGGGCCUUCAGUAUGUGGGCUGGCUGGGAGAAUUUCCACACCCUGCAGGUGGUUGGAUUCCUGGUGCUGGUGUCGGGCACGUCUCUGUACAACGAGCUCAUG